AUGCUUACUUUCGAAGCGUUUGUAGCGGGUGCUAUCUGGGAUAUUGAGCGCAAUGGCUCGUGGCUGGCACCGCGCUGGCGCCGGUCAAGCGUGAAGCGUCGGGCGCCGUUGGGGCAGCGCCCGCCCGUGAGCGGAACCCGGAACUUGGCGGGAAAAGAGCCAAGCGGACCAGCACGGUCGGAGGGUCCUUUCUUUACCUCCAAAUGGGGACGCUCCGAGAGCAGUCAAGCGGGAUCUCAGGCCGGUGCAGGUCGCCAAAAGUUCUUGAACAAGAGCGAGCGCGUUCCCGAGCCGCUCGAAGACCCACUGUUCGAGUCACUGCUGGGACCGGAGCCCGCUGAGAAGCGCAGCAAACACAAGUCUUCAAAGAAACAGUCCGUAGACAGGCUGGUGCGAGGAAAGCAAAAGUACUUUUUCGAAGGCGCAGUAUCUGAGACGGAAGCGUACAACAUGUUUGCGAACUUGCUAGAGAGCGAGUCGCUCACGCAAUAUGCUGCCCGUGCAGAGGUCGAAUGGUUCGAUGCGAAGCGCCUUGAGGCAGCGUCUAAGAAUAGGCGUGGAUUCCCCUCCGUUGGCGAGAUCCAGGACCUCCUGUACGAUGAACUCAUCGACACCGACGGCAAACGGUGGCGCGAGACCGUUGUGCCAUCGGACAAUCGCGUGCUCCUUGUCUUGUUUCAGGUUUCCCCGAUUGACGUGGAAUUUCCCAGAUACUUGGAACAUUUUCACGCUGCGUUAAAUCUGACGCCAACGGAUGCUAUCCAUUUGAUCGCGGUUUCGCGGGAGAAGCCAUCAACGAAUCGCAAAACGAUGCGCAAGCUGAACUUACGCUUUCCGCUUUUGAGCGAUGAGCAGGGUGCACUUGGUGCGCUUUUUGGGACAGGAAAUAAGCCCCAUAUGUUGAUUUUCUAUCGAGAGAAAACGCCGAGCGGCAUCGAGGGUUGGUUCUUCGAUCGCUGUGCGCGCGCCGAACUACCCAGCAAACUUUUGGAGAACACCGUUGACUAUGCCCGCAAGCUAGUUGCCCAACGAUUGCAGGCGAGCAUGCGGGCAAAGCAGAAUCCGACGAGCACCGGCGCCAGAGCGGCUGGCACUGAUUCCGUUGCGAACACAGGAAUGCAACCGGUGCCGCCGGGACCAGGUGCGUCACGCUCGCCGCAGGCCGCUGGUGCCCAGGCGACGUCCACGUCGACCGCGGGUGCCGCAGCACCAGAGCGCAGGAUCGGACAGAAUCCUCCGGCAGCAGGGCGCACUGAACUGCAGCAGCAGCAGCAGCAGCAGCAGCAGCAAAGCGGUGCCUCUGCAUCGACACCAACCGCUGCCGAGAGACUCUCUGCGGCAUCGAAAGCGGUACCGCUGGCAGAUCGAACGUCUUCGACACCCGCAGCAGCGGGUCGCGGCACCGUAUCAAAAAACGAGGCCAGGGCGCGGCUCGUGCUUAAUCACUCAACACACUUGGAAGGCCUCAUUAGCGUUUUAGAGCGGCUGGCGGUCUAUGAAAGCAUUCGCAAAAUCGUUCCAGGAAGACUUUACACGGCACGGAGCAAUGCAGAGCGCUUGAGCAUUCGCGUCACCGUGCCUGUCGCUGGAGGUUGGAAGCUUGUCGCUCGCAAGGGAACGCAAGUUCAGGAUGUGUUCGUUACCCUGGAAAGUCCCUCAAGCGCGUAUGCAGUGGCCCACCAGAGAUCCAUUUUAUCAAAGGAGCAAUUGCAGCGACUCGUCGACGAGGCCAUUGCGGCCUGA